AUGCCUCAUCGUCCCUACAUCGACAGUGCGCCGCCUCUACUGCCGAGGCACCACUCCGCACACGGCACUGUCAGUGCCUUCAGCAGUUCUGCCCAUCCUGAUGAGGACUGGACCAAGAUAUCAGACCUUGUUGAGCGCCGAAGGAUACAGAACCGCAUUGCCCAGCGCACCUACCGAUGCAGGCUUAAGCGCCGUCUGGAAGACCUCGAGCGUCGUGAUGGUUCAUUAGACGAUGCCGAUACUGAAAAGAAGAUUCAGCCUACUAGCACCAGCAAGCCGAAGCGCCAAUUGAUAUGCAAGACGCAACAGUCAUAUCCUCAUGUUCUCGCUGACAAGCCAAUCCGCAUUGCUCAGAACCAAUUCCCUCAUCCCAAGGAGAAUAACGAGGGUACUGUCAUUAGACCGGUAUCCAAAAGUCGUGAGCGCUCACACACGCCUCAAAUGUUCGGGUACACAACAUAUUCUGCUCCAAGUGAAUUGUUGAUGGAUCCUUACGCUCUUAUACAGCCUCAACUUUCUACCUCGACUGCAGACCCAUACCCAAACUCCCUCAUAACCACAAUGAUGCCCGCAACUCUUCCAGAAAUGACAAACUUCAGCACACCCAUGAAGCCAUUCGAGGAGGCCUUAAGCUCAUACCUGAACUACAGCGGGCCGAACAUUAACACACCUGAACCAAGAGUGCAAGGUAUAUCAGGUCCUACUGUACAAUGGGUACUCUGUCAUAAGGUGAAUUGCAACACGUUUUCGCCCUUGUACGAUACGAAGGGCUAUGUCAUUUCCCUCGCGCCGUUAGCACUGGGCGUAUCUACAGCCGCUGCAGAUGGGACUCGUGAGCACUUGAAGAACAAGUCUCCAAGUUUAGGUGGCUAA